AUGUUGCCCCAUAAAUUCAAGAAGAAUAGUAAGAAAGGAUGCCUCAAUGAUGAGAUAGAUAUCCCACAGACAUCUUCUCAGAACUUAUCUCGACACAAAAGAAAUCCUCGUUCGAAAGGGUUGCAGGAAAAAUUCUAUAAAAAAUCCUCAAACAUUUCAGAUACUCAACAAAACGUUUUUCCUUUAGAAUCACCUGUAUAUCAACUACCUGAUGCAAAUGCUGUUUCAACGUGGCGAUAUAAAGAUUUUUUCGCCUUAGUUAAAGCCUUUGUUGAUAACAACGCACAAGAACUAUCCUUACCUUCAUCGCUAACAGGGAGUCAGCGUAAAGAUGUCCAUAGUAUUGCAAUGAUUUUUAAUCUUAAUCAUAAGUCGCAUGGUACUUCUACACAUCGAGCGUUGAAGCUAACUAAACCGAUAUCACAAAAUCUUUUGCAAAGUCAAGAAACGACAAUCGCUGGUUCAUGUAUCGAGAAAACAGAAGGGUAUCAAGGGGCUCAGGAACUUAUGGAUUACCCUACUGAGGAACAGUUAGAAACAUCCAUAAAAUUAAUGAAGAAAUAUUGGCAUAACAUGUUCCAAGCUUUACGCGCUGAGGCUGGUCGUCCAGAGAAGCCGCGCAAGAAAAUGCACAUGCUCCAAGGAGGUUUGUCCACUCCUCCACCAUUCAGAAAGAAUGAAUCACGUUAUCAAAGUUUGCAAAAGCAGCGGCAAUCGCUCCCCGCUUUUGGACUACGUGAUAAUAUUAUUAAUAUUCUGAAUGUUAAUGAUGUUGUAAUUGUGUGUGGUGCUACAGGUUGUGGUAAAACAACGCAGGUGCCGCAGAUCAUAUUCGACGCACACAUUUUUCCCAGCGAUUCAAUUAUUGUGUGUACGCAGCCACGCCGAAUUAGUGCCAUUUCGGUGGCCCUUCGUGUGGCGGAGGAGCGUGGCGAGGCGUGUGGGGACAGCUGUGGGUAUGUAAUCCGGUUUGAGAAUAAAACCAGCCCCAAUACUCGAAUUGUGUAUGAGACAACUGGUAUCCUGCUUCGACAUCUGUACACGGAUCCAGAGUUAAGAGGGGUAUCGUGCGUGAUUGUCGAUGAGGUUCAUGAACGCGAUCUCGACACCGACUUUUGCCUGUUACUCUUGAAGGAUCGUCUGGUGGCACAACGCCGGUAUCCUGACAAGUAUCCUACUAAAUUGAAGCUUGUGGUGAUGUCAGCAACGGUGAAAAUCGAGUCUCUGGUAAAUUAUUUCUCCGGAACAAACACGAGUCCCCAGGUCCCGCUGAUUAGCAUUGAGGGUACGUUGUUCCCUGUCGACGAGUACUUUCUGGAGGAUGCCAUUCGUUGGGUAAAUGUACCUGCCACGUCUGUGCCAGCGAUGGGACUCCUGCGUAAUGGCAGUAGCCCUAAAAUAAAUAACGAAGGAAAUGAUAGUGAAGAAGAAAGUUUAUACGAAAAACUUCGAUCUGCCGUAUUCAAUGAUGUCGAACGCGAUGCCGAGGCAAUGGUACCGUACGAAUUGGUCUGUAAAAUAAUUGAAUAUUUUCAUAAAAAAGAUGUCAAUCGUUCGGGUAGCAUCCUUGUAUUUUUACCUGGGUGGGGUGCUAUAACACGUGUCCACAAAAUGCUUUACCGUCUACCGAUAUAUCGGGAGUUGUAUGUAUUGAUGCUUCACUCAAGCCUCACAAGCUCUGAGCAGCAGCGAGUAUUUUUGGCGGCGCCAAAAAUGUACCGAAAAGUUGUACUUGCCACAAGCAUUGCCGAGACAAGUAUAACAAUUGACGAUGUGGUUUACGUCAUAGAUAGUGGGCUUGUUAAGGGAACGUUGUAUGAUCCCUCUAGCAAUCUGUCUUCCCUAAAGGCAACGCUGAUAGCGAAAGCAAACGGCAAGCAGCGACGUGGGCGAGCCGGCCGUUGUCAAGCGGGAGUCUGUGUUCACUUACUUCCUACUCCUGUGUAUGAUGCCCUGCAAGACUUUCUGCCACCCGAGAUGAUGCGUUCACCUCUGGAAGAAGUCUGUCUGCUAUUAAAGAUAAUCCAUCCAACUGAGAAGUGCGAGGCUGUCCUGGCGCGUGCGAUGGACCCUCCACCGCUUACGUCGGUGCAGAAUGCUGUACAAUUUCUGACGGAGAUGGGUGCACUUACAAAUGAAGAGCAGUUGACAAAUCUUGGUUAUGCUCUGGCUCAGUUACCGGUGCACCCGCUCCUAGGAAAGAUGCUGUUCGCUUCGACAUGUUUCGGUGUACUAGAUUCUGUGGCAACAAUUGCGGCAGGGUUGUCAGUGAAGACGUUGUUUGUGAAGCCUCAGCCAUCUGAGAAGAUGGCUGCACGCGAGAUGAUGAAAAAUUUGGAUAAACAUGCCUUUUCUGACCAUUUGUGUGUCAGAAGGGUAUACUGUGAAUGGUUAAGGAGUGGUCGAAGUUCUCAUUACGCAACUGAGCACUUCGCAGAUCAAUCGGCACUGUAUAUGCUAGAUCGUACAAAGCAGCAACUAAUUAACCUUGUGCACCGAUCACCAUUGUUACGACAAGCAAAAAACCCAGCCAAAGAUGCUUCCCGUCAUAACGAGAACAUGGGGCUUGUUCGCCUUGUUGUAUUAUGGUCUUUAUAUCCUCGCAUUGCUUCAAUUGAAUUGCAUGCAAAGAGAAAGAAUUUACCCCCAAGGGUGGUUUGCUGGGACAACAAGCCAUCGGUUUUCUCCAUGGGCUCGGUACUAGCGUCUGCUAAACGAAGUGACAUUAUACCAACACCUUUUGUCAUGUAUUAUGAACGUAUGCAAUUGGAAUCAACACUCACAUUAUUUGAUUCGUCGUGUGUAUCCCCAUUGGAUGUUGCGCUAUGUAUAAAUCAGCUCACAAUUUGCUCAUUAUCAGAAAUUCCAGAGUCCAUGAUAUUUGACAAUGAGAGCAAAAUGGGGCCAUCAUCCCCUUUAAAUUUAAAUAAAAUCCAAAAUAAGGAGGACUACAAAGCAAUACUUUUUGAUGGGGGAAAAAAGUUCUAUGUCACAACAAACCGUGUGGCUCACGCAUUGAAGAUGGCCCGCAGUUGCAUGGAUUACUACCUCGCGUUGUCCAUCAAAAAGCUAUGCGCGGAUGUCUUCCCACGAGAGCUUGUGUGCGCAAUCGCAACGCUUAUUGGCUACCCGCUGUCUGACACCGUAACGGAAAGCAAUAGAUUUAUCGGUGAUAUUCCAGGUGCCAUGCCAGCGUUCACUGAUAAUCGUCCUGAGAGUGUACCUUCUUUUAUCCGCGGUUAUAAAGACAUGGAUUUCACUGAAAGUGACAAUGAGUGUAACAUGAUUGAGGUGGUGAGCGGGGACAAAUUCGACGAAGAGUUGCCUUUAACAGUAGAUCAAAAGAAAUACGCUGCUGAUGCAUAUGGCAAUCUGGCCGUACUUUGCGAUGAUGAAGCUUUCAAUUUUCUUGUAUCUGCUCAGGGUAAUGAUUUUUCUAACGAAGCUAAAUUGGAUUCUGCUACUGAAGCAAAUAAAAAAAGUUCAAGCAUACAGGAUCAAUUUAGGGAGCAGGAGUCUGAUGACGACGAAGAUAUCAUUAUUGCUAAUCCAGGUGAUCUAGUAAUUAAUUGA